AAUAAAACUUCCUGAAAUGAAACUGAAAGUUUGUCAGAGCCACAGCAAGGCAGACGUCGUGGGGACAAGUCUCUGAAAGAAAAUUCAAGAAUCCAUCUGGCCCUUCUAAGCAACAUAGCAGUGUCUCUUACUCUGACAAACACUGAUAUGGCUGCUACCAGCUGUCUGCUGUCUGAAGAUCAGUUCCUGUGCUGCAUCUGUCUGGAUGUGUUCACUGAUCCUGUCACCAUACCAUGUGGACACAACUUCUGCAAAAACUGCAUCACUGAACACUGGAAUGUCAAUGUCGCAUGGAAGUGUCCCAUGUGUAAAGAGGUUUUUACAACAAAACCUGAGCUGCACAUCAACACUUUCAUCUCUGAGAUGGCUGCUCAGUUUAGAGAGAAAGCGCAACAGGAAGCAAGGAGACGCAGCUCAGAGCAACAAGUGUCCAAACCAGGAGAAGUUCCCUGUGACGUCUGCACUGGAACCAAACUGAAGGCCCUGAAGUCCUGCCUGGUGUGUCUGGUCUCCUACUGUGAGACUCACCUGGAGCCUCAUCUGACAGCUUCAGGCCUGAAAAGACAUCAGCUGAUCGACCCUGUGGAGAACCUGGAAGCCAGGAUGUGUACGAAGCACGAUAAACCUCUGGAGCUGUUCUGUAAGACCGACCAGACAUGUGUCUGCAUGCUCUGCCCUGUUUUAGACCACAAGAUGCACGAUGUUGUUCCAAUGAAGGAAGAAUAUGAAGGAAAGAAGGCCGAGCUGGGAAAGACAGAGGCUGAAAUUCAGCAGAUGAUCCAGAAGAGACGACUAAAGAUUGAGGAGAUCAAACAGUCGGUCACCUUCAGCAAGGGAAAUGCAGACAGAGAGGUAGGAGAAGGUGUUCAGGUCUUCUCUUCUCUGAUGCAGUCUGUUCAGAGAGGCCUAAACGAGCUCAUCGACACCAUCGAAGAGAAGCAGAGAACAACAGAGCAACAGGCUGAAGGCUUCAUCAAAGAGCUGGAACAGGAAAUCUCUGAGCUGAUCAAGAGAAGGACUGAGGUGGAGCAGCUCUCACGCUCUGAAGACCACCUCCAUCUUCUCCAGAGUGUCCAGUCCCUGAACAUCCACCCUCCACCCACCAAGGACUGGACAGAGGUCAGAAUGCAUCCACCUUCAUAUGAUGGAACUGUGGUGAGAGCUGUGGCUCAGCUGGAGAAGACACUCAGUAACCAAAUAAAGAUGCUGUUUAAAGCUGAGCUGAAGAGAAUCCAACGAUAUGCCAUAAAUGUGACUCUUGAUCCUGACACAGCACAUCCUACACUCAUCCUGUCUGAUGAUGGGAAACAAGUCAGUCAUGGUUAUGUGAAGAAGAAUGUCCCAGACAAUCCAGAGAGAUUUUCAAAUUCCAUUUGUGUCUUAGGAAAGCAGAGUUUCUCUUCAGGCAGAUUUUACUUUGAGGUUCAGGUUAAAGGAAAGACUAAAUGGACUUUAGGAGUGGCCAGAGAGUCGAUCAACAGGAAAGAGAACAUCCAGCUGAGCCCUGAGGAGGGUUACUGGACUAUUUGGUUGAGAAAUGGAAAUGAUUACAAAGCUCUGACAAACCCUUCAGUCCGUCUCUCUCUGAAGUCUCGGCCUCAGAAGGUGGGGGUGUUUGUGGAUUAUGAGGAGGGUCUGGUCUCUUUUUAUGACGUAGAUGCUGCAGCUCUUAUCUACUCCUUUACUGGCUGCUGCUUCACUGAGAAACUUUACCUGUACUUUGGUCCUUGUCCUAACGAUGGUGGUAAAAACUCUGCACCUCUGAUCGUCACUCCUAUCAAUCACACUUAGUAGACCAGCUAUUUGAUUUUCCAUGAAAGCAAUCAGUGUAAAGUAGUAGAUGAUUAUUGGUAAUGCUCAGUGAUUUGGUUACUGAUUUUUGUUAUUGCAUCUUGUUUGUCUUCAAUGUAUCCCACUAUCACUCACUGCCACAACAUGCUCAUGUGUGACAAUCAAUGAAUAAGAGAACAAUUUUUUAAGGUAAAUGUUGAUAAAACCAAGGUACUUUUGGUUGGUCCUAAGCCUAAAAGAGAUACCGUUCUUGGUAAUGUUGGGAACAUGGCGCACCAGACCAGAACAAAAGUAACUAGUCUAGGUGUUAUCUUAGAUGCAGACCUUACCCCAUAUUAAAGAAGUCAGCCAAACAGCUUUCUUCCACCUGAGAAACAAUUGCGGCCUUUUUUAACACAAGAUGCUGAAAUAUUAGUCCAUACUUUAAUCAAUAGUAGGUUAUAACAGGAACUGAUACACAACUCUGAAGCUAGACUCCUUACUAUAACCAAGAAGAGAAAGCACAUCAACCCCCGCUUUACCCAAAUUGCAUUUGGUCGUUGUUACUUACAGAAUCGAUUUUAAAGGUUCUGUUAAUUACUUUUAAAGGCCGAAAUGGCUUAGCAGCUUUAUAUAUCUCUGAACUUUAUAAUACCUUAUCAAUCACAAAGGAACCUUAGAUUCUCUUAUGACGAACUUUUAAUUUUGCCCAAAGUACUGCACAAGCAAAGCGGGGAGGCUUCCUUUUGCAUUAUGUACCAAAAUUAUGGAACACCUUGCACAAAUAUAUUAAACAGCCUAGCUUUGUCAACAUCUUUUAAAAAGAGCUGAAUAGCAAUAUGAGCAGGCAUUUCGUUAACUCUCCCCGGUGAGCUCUUGCUUCUCUCCAAUCUUAACCAUUAAUACUGUAUUCUUUAUGUACAUAUACCUCUGAGAAGUUUUGUAAAAGGUCAUUCGUACUAUGGUUUUAUGGUACUAUGGUAAUUUAUAAUUUUCUUUUACUUUGACUCGUUUUAUCUUAUAUUUUACCAAAAUUAGCUUUAUUAUCAUGGUCCUAAAAGACUGCACUUACACAAGCUAUAUUUGCACUGCAUUGCUUUACUAUUUAAUAUAUAUCAAAUUUUAUAUUUUUUUUCUGUGUGGCUAUAUUGGUUUUAACUGUGCUAGACUAAUAUAUUUUUUUGUCUUGUUUGCAGGUAACUGUCAUUUCUACAUUUUUCAUCUGCUUUG